AUGACGGAAUAUACAAUAAAUAAUUUACCAACUGAAACCUUUAUUGAAAUUCUACUUAAAACAGACGGACAAACUCUUAUAAGAUGCCGGCAAGUGUGUAAAAAGUGGAAAGAGACUAUUGACAACACAGAUAUAUUAUGGCAAGAAAUGUGUCGGCGGGAAUUUAGUAAAUCUUCCAAAAUAGCGAAGAAGAAAAGUGGCAAUAUAAUAACUUGGUAUCACGUUUAUAGAAACCUCAAGUUGUGGGCAGACGUGUUCUCUUACGAUAAGACAGUGAAAGAAUUCUACAAAUUCAACCUGCAUGACACUUCACAUAUUUUAGAAGUGAACUACGGAGUGCUUCCAAUAAAAGAUGCAAAAGGAACAACCUUUUACGACAUGCUAGACUUGAAAUAUAUCCCUGUUGCAUUUCCAGAGAAGAAGUACCUGAAAAUAAGUAACAAUGACAUAGCAACAGUUGUUCAUAUAAAGUCAGCUAUUUACAUACAAAGAACAGUAUCAGACCCAAGUUAUAUGAGCGAAGUAUAUUUUAAAGCCGACAAAUAUGUAUUGGACGGAGAACUUCUAUUUUUCUUCAAUAACAGAGACAUUUUUAAAUGUAAUCUGUUGCAAAAAGAUCUAUCAGCUAAGUUAAUACAUCAUUGUAACUAUGAUAUCAAAGAAAUACAGUAUAAUAACAAAACUUUAUUUUUAUUUACUGAUCGUGGAAAAAUACUUAAUAUAUAUGAAGAUAAUUCGGUAAAAGAAACGAAAAUUAACUGUCCAGCAGAAUGGAUAGUGCACAUCAAGAAUAUAAAUGCAGUUGACGAUAGGAAUUUUAUAUGCUACUCUAGAACCUUAUUUAAAAUUGAAACGGAUGAUAAUUGUCAUUUAUACCUGGACUUUCCUCCCAUAACGGCUUUAUAUUUUUAUAUUGACAUAGUACUGAUUGGAUUGAAAAAUGGCAGUAUUCUUGUGUACAGAUUGUCUAAACAAAAGAAAUCUCAAAGACCAAUGUUUGAGCCACUGGUAGAAUUGCCAGAUGGAAAAUUUGCUGUACAACUGGAUGUGUGCGAACGGAAAUCUGGUCCUGUUAUCUUAGCAGCGACAUUUCUCGAGUUGUAUGUUAUAGAUAUAAAAUUUUUCCCUAAUGAACCGGCCACAAAGAAUACUUUCACAAACAAUAAAUUAGACAUGUACCAAAGAUUAAAAAGGCUUAAAGAGCGACUGGAGUCAACAUAG